ACGCGAUCGUCGGCACGCAUGCGCCCAUCAGCCUGUUGUCUCCCGCCGCGAUGGCCAGCCUCAUCGCGAUACUCGACCUCAAGGGCAAGCCCCUCAUCCAGCGCUCGUAUCGCGACGACGUGCCCGCGUCCUACGUCGAGCGCUUCCUCCCGCUGGUGCUCGACCUUGAAGAGGAAGGCCAGCAGGUGACGCCGUGCAUCUCGGCGCAGGGCAUCAACUAUAUGCACAUCCGACAUUCGAAUCUCUAUCUCCUCGCCCUCUCCAAGCGCAACUCCAAUGCGGCCGAGAUCAUCCUCUUCCUCCACCGCCUCUCGCAGGUGCUCGUCGAGUACUUCAAGGAGCUCGAGGAGGAGUCGAUCCGGGACAACUUUGUCAUCAUCUACGAGCUGCUCGACGAGGUCAUGGACUUUGGCUACCCGCAGACGACGGAGAGCAAGAAAUCGCACAAGCUCGAGAUCCGGCGCGGGUGGCGGGUCACAGCUGGCCCAAGUACCCUUCCCUUUCGGAUGGAGUGA